CAAAAUCUUUUAUCCAGAAAACCAUGUUUUAUUGUUGGAGUCACUGCGUCAAAGUUUAUUUGUGUCAUCCAUGUAGUUGGGAGAAUGCGCUGCCUUUAAAGACGACUCGAAAUAAUUUUGACAACAUUUCUGAGGUAUGACCCAAUAUAAAGUACGUGUUAAAUAUGUUUUCCAAUGUAACCAGUUGUUAUUUGACUUCUGAUCCGAAUUCAAAUUGGUUUAUUUUUUAUGUUAAUCGUGCGAUGAAUCCACAAUCUGAUAUGCUCAUAAUAAAUAGCUGAUUUUAGGCUAAUCAUUUUGGGUGAGAGUGAAAAAGUGAAAAAUGUUUGCUUGUCUAUUCUGACGUUAAUAUUAUUAAUGCGUGGCGUAACUCAGAUGCCAGAAUGAGCGUUUAUUUCCCCCUCGUCUUUCCGCAACAACGUAAUAUGACAAUCAAUUAGGGCGCACUCCUAAGUUUAUGAUCCACUGAUAACACACUCUGACGCGCACGCGCGCACACGCAACAAUCUCUGCCUAAAUCUUGUACAACAACAUCUAAAUCAAGUCAGAUCGACCGCAACUCCUAAUUGGUUGCAAACAAUAUUGCCGUUUUAAAAAUGAACGAAGCCAAAACGCGGGAAAAAAACAAAACAUCUGCGCAAUACUCAUAUUACACCUGCAGACAAAAUUAAGGGCAAAAACAAUAAAAACGCGGCCUCGCAUCUGAAACGAAAGUUUGGAUGGUAUAUAUUCAAAUAUAUAAAUAAAUAUUGAGACAAAAAAAAUACGGAAAAUCUGCUUGUUCAUGAAUUGUUUUUCGCUUUUACACGCAGAUUGUAUUAGGAUGACACUCAAAACCCCGCAAUCGUUGGAACUUGUUGCGUCACUCCUGAGCCGCGCUGCGAAGAUUCAGUGAAUUAAACGCUGUCAAAAAUAAAACAAAAAUAAAUACGAAAAAUGAUUUUAAAUGAACGGCCGUAUUUAAAGAAAGGGAUUUAUUCACCUCGGUCAUCGUUCUGACUCGUACCUGACAGGUCAUCUGUUGGGAUCAAAAACCCAUCGUCUUUCACGCUUUUUAGAUGAAAACGCCGGAUAAAUGGCGGCGCUGCUAAUGUUGUUAAGGUUAAUUUUAUCAACAAUUUAUUGAAUAAGAAUUUUUAUAUCUCGCGCUUAAUAGCUUGAAUUGUAGGUAGCUGCCAAAAUUGACCCAAACAAAUACUUUUCACCGGCAAAAAGGCCUGAAGAAACCUGCAGCGUUGACGCCAGGUAGAGCUUUAAAAACGUUUUUUUUUCUCUUGUAGCCUGAAGAUGAAAAGCACACCAGUUGAAAAUGAUGGACUACACUUAUGACGAAGACUUGGACGAGAUGUGCCCCGUGUGUGGAGACAAAGUUUCUGGCUAUCACUAUGGACUUUUGACUUGUGAGAGCUGCAAGGGUUUCUUCAAACGCACCGUCCAGAACAAUAAGCGCUACACAUGUAUAGAGAACCAGAGUUGCCAGAUUGACAAGACCCAGAGGAAGCGCUGCCCGUACUGCCGCUUCCAAAAGUGCCUGACUGUUGGCAUGAAGCUUGAAGCUGUUCGAGCCGAUCGCAUGAGAGGUGGACGGAACAAGUUUGGACCAAUGUAUAAACGCGAUCGGGCUCUCAAACAACAAAAGAAGGCGCUGAUCCGAGCCAAUGGCCUGAAAAUCGAGGCCAUGAGCCAAGUGAUGCAAGCUGUGCCCACCGACCUCACCAUCUCCUCAGCCAUUCAAAACAUCCACUCUGCUGCCUCGAAAGGCCUACCGCUGAGCCACCAUCCAGGCCACCACACUGGACACCAUCACCACCACCACCAUCACCAUCACGCCACUGCCCUGCCCCCUACAGACUAUGACCGCAGCCCCUUUGUCACUUCACCUGUUAGCAUGGCAAUGCCGCCACACGCCGGGAGCCUGCAGGGCUACCAGACGGCGUACGGACAUUUUCAAGGAACACGCACCAUCAAGUCAGAGUAUCCCGACCCGUACACUAGUUCCCCAGAAUCCAUCAUGGGCUACGCUUACGUCGACGCAUACCAGUCCGGCUCACCACCGAGCUUCCCCCACCUGAUCGUAGAGUUGCUCAAGUGUGAACCGGACGAACCGCAGGUCCAGGCCAAGAUCCUGGCAUACUUGCAGCAGGAGCAGGCCAGCCGGGGCAAGCACGAAAAACUCAACACCUUUGGCCUCAUGUGCAAAAUGGCUGACCAGACACUUUUCUCCAUCGUUGAGUGGGCACGCAGUAGCAUCUUUUUCCGAGAGCUGAAGGUCGAUGACCAGAUGAAGCUGCUGCAGAACUGCUGGAGUGAGCUCCUCAUUCUUGACCAUGUCUUCAGACAGGUUGUGCACGCUAAGGAAGGCUCCAUCUUAUUGGUCACUGGCCAGCAGGUGGACUUUGCCGUGAUUGCAUCGCAAGCAGGGGCGACGCUGAACAACCUGUUGAGUCAUGCUCAGGAACUGGUGGCUAAACUUCGCUCCCUACAACUGGACCAGCGAGAGUUUGUCUGCCUCAAGUUUCUGGUCCUCUUCAGCUUAGAUGUGAAGAACCUGGAGAACUUCCACCUGGUGGAGAGCGUGCAGGAGCAGGUCAACGCCGCGCUGCUGGACUACGUCAUGUGCAACUACCCGCAGCAAACGGACAAGUUUGGUCAGCUGCUCCUGCGGCUGCCCGAGAUCCGGGCCAUCAGUCUGCAGGCCGAGGAGUACCUGUACUACAAACACCUGAACGGAGACGUCCCCUGCAACAACCUGCUCAUCGAGAUGCUGCACGCCAAGAGAGCUUAAGAAGGAGACCAGAGAGGAAGUCUUCACUGAGGAGAGGUGACCCUUGGAACCGUGAGAGACUCUCCACAGAGCGUGUCGACGGUCCGCCUUCUCACUGAAAGAAAAAAAAAAGAAAAAAACUUGUCAGUUCUCUGAAGGCAGGAGGAGAAUGAACUUCAAAAAAGAAAAGGUCUCAGAAGACCUUGGAUGAACAAACAACUUUAUCUGGUGACGGUCGUCCCCUCCUCAUCCCUCCUUUUCUUCCUUUUUAACAACGUACCUCAGAAGAAGAAACAGUGUUCACGUCUCCGCCCCACUCAUCCUAUUUACAAUCGCUUCACUCUGAUCGACGUGGAAGACCAAAGCUGCAGAGACAGACACGAAAAAAGAAGUUAAAAAAAAAGAAACUUUAUAAUCAGUGUUAUCAUUUCAAAAAAAAAGAAGAAAAAAAAAGAUUUGUGAUGUCACAGUUUCGUGAGUCUCGCCUUAUUUCAUUUCCACGCUAGCUAACCGUGCAGAUGUGAAUGAAAAUAUGUACAAAUAUAUAAAUAUAUAUAAAGUAUUCAUGGUGUAAAUUUUCUAAAAAGAAUAAUUCAGCAGGUGUUUACAUUCACGUAGGAGGCGACGGUUUCCUCCACGAAAGAAAAGAAAAAGGCUGUUUGGCUCUCGGACGUGUGUACAGUGUUUGUUUGACGCUCCAAGGAUGUCGUGAGACACUAAAAUCAAGAAUCACCACGUCCCCGCUCUCCUGGUGUUGCUGUUUCAUCUCCGCCUGUUUUGUAAAGAUGUUUUUUCAUGAUUAAUAUUAUUGUUAUUAUUUACAGUGGAUGUACAGUUUGUCACUGGUCGAGCUGAAUGAAGAUAAUUUAUUGCGUUAUUGGGUUUCCAUCUAUGUUACAUGACGUGAGGUGUACGCGCCACAAUAAAUUUGUUUACUGUUGCCUUUCGUCUGGGAUGUUCUUGCUGCUCACACUCACUCAGAAACACUUGUUUGGAGAAAAAAGAACACUUCAGACGACAAAAGUUAUUUACCUGAAACAAAAAGGAACGACAAAAAAGUAAAAAAUAAAUAAAUAAAUAAAAAGUCAAUUGUCACUUGAUGACAAAAAAUGAAACUACACAUUUCUGUUUUUUUAAUUUAUCAUUUCAUCUUGAAUGACAGAAAAAAAAUCAUAUUCAUUCAUUCAAUAUCCAAAUCUAAUUUAUAAUUCUUUAAAUUAAAUUAUUUUUUUUCUCCACAUUCUGUUAGUGACCACCAGGACACACACAUUUUUAUCACCAGAUUUUAAUGGUAAAAUAUAUUUAAAACACCUUCCUUCAAAUCCACUUCACCCCGUUUAAUGAAAAAAAAAGAAAAAAACGUAAGUGGACAAAACAAUAUUUAAACAGCCAAUUUGUUUGGUAGGGAUCGUUGCAACAGGUGUUAUUAGUCAGAGGGAAAAAAAAAGUUCAGAAAGUGAACACUGCCAUUUCAAAGAACAGGUUUUAGCUGAGGGACAAAUGGAAUUUCCAGCACAUUGUGAAAUUCAAAAAUAGCACGGGAAGAAAAAAAAUAGAAAUAAAUGUGCAAUACAUUUAUA